UCAUCUAAACCACACCUUUCUUUCUUGCUCCAAAUCCCCUGUCUUUUCACUCACUCAAACAAUCAAACACUCUAAAAACAUACCAUCACUUUGGAGCUCACCCAAAUAUCUUCAAGAGAGAGAUGGCAACCAUGGUUGUUCUCUCUCUCCUUCCUUCUCACUCCUCUCCAUUUCUCUCACAACCUAAUCUUCAAACCCACCAUAAUUUUCCAUCCAUUAAACACCUCUCUAUCACCUACACCCCUCCAAAAUUCUCACUCACCCGCCUCGAAAGACACCGCCUUUCUUCAACCCAAAUAUUUUCAGGUGGUGGUGGUGAUGGAGGAAUUCACGGAGGAGGUGGUGGCGGAGGUGGUGGAGAUGGUGGUGAUGGAGAUGCAGGGGAGAGAAACAGAGCAGAAGCAAUUCUUGCUCUUGCAGAGGUGGGAAGGUCAUUGGAAAGCUUGCCUAAAGACUUAUCAAUGGCGGUUGAAGCCGGUCGGAUACCGGGUUCGAUUCUUCGUCGUUACUUUGAGCUUGAGAAGUCGCCGGUUUUCCGGUGGUUGCUUCAGUUUGGUGGGUUUAAAGAACGGUUGCUUGCUGAUGAUCUUUUCUUGACUAAAGUUGGAAUUGAAUGUGGUAUUGGAAUGUUUACUAAGACAGCUGCAGAAUUGGAGAAACGUAAGGAUAAUUUUAAAAAGGAAUUGGACUUUGUCACAGCUGAUGUGAUAAUGGCUCUGGUUGCAGAUUUUCUGCUUGUCUGGCUUCCUGCACCCACCGUCUCCUUACGACCUGCACUUGCACGCAGUGUAGGACCUGUGGGCAAGUUUUUCUAUGGGUGCCCUGAUAAUGCAUUUCAGGUUGCUGUUGCAGGAACUACAUAUUCAAUUCUACAGAGAAUUGGUGCUCUCGCGCGUAAUGGAGCAAAACUUUUUGCUGUUGGAGCCACAUCAUCUGUGAUUGGUACAGGAGUUACAAAUCUGCUGAUAAAUGCAAGGAAGACUGUUGAUAAAACCUUUUCGCCUGAUGGAGAAGAUAUUCCAAUGCUGGCAACCAGCGUAGCCUACGGUGUAUAUUUAUCAGUUUCUGCCAACCUUAGGUACCAAAUCAUAGCAGGAGUAAUCGAACAAAGAAUUCUGGAGCCAUUCCUUCAUGAUCGCAAGCUUAUAUUAAGCGCGGUCUGCUUUGCAGUACGGACAGGAAACACAUUUUUAGGCUCAUUGAUGUGGGUGGAUUUUGCUCGAUUCAUUGGAGUUCAAAGGACACGCGAAUAGCAAGCUUAACAUUUGAGCCAUGGAUCAUUUUUGAUCUUGAUCCUAGGCUGCUUUUUGCUUAUUGUUUCGAUGGCCUCGAUCAAUUUUCAUUAGCAAAUAGUCGUUUCUUCCUCUUCCCAUGAAUUGUAGGAUGCCAUAGUUCAUUCUAGCAUUGUAGAUUUGCCCUAUUCGAUCUUGAAACAGAGAUCAUGCGAGCUUUGAUUGUAUAGUAUUAGUGUAUUCAGACUUGUUAUACAAUCCCGAGUUCUUUUUAUAUUCGGGUAGUAAGCUUUGUAAUGUUCUUGAAUUUUUGUAUUGAAUGGCAUGGGAAGUUUUUGGCCCUUCAUAAUAUGAUCAACAAGAAUUAAGAAUUAA